AUGGCAUUGAAACGAGCAAAACAAUGUGCUAGUAUAGCAUUACAAGAUGAAAAUUUGAUUGACACAAGUUUAGAAUUUUAUGGAAAAGUUUCUCAGUUAUUAUUACGAUAUGUUGGCAUUCGACCAACAGAUUCGGAAGUUACUUUUUCUUCUGAAGCACCUUGGAUAUGGCGUCUAUUACCAGAUUAUUAUAUAGAUGAUAUAUGGGAUUUUCUUAUGUCAGCUGCUAUGAUGGUACCACAAACAUUAUCAAAACGUAAUACUGAUAUUUUAACAUUAAUGCUUUUUAUUAUUUGUGCACCACGUCAUUAUUUACAAAAUCCUCAUAUAAUUGCAAAAGCAGUUGAAGUUAUACAUUGGUUAUGUGCAAGAAGUGAACAUACAUUCUUACGACAAGCAACAGAAUAUUUAUUUAAUCAUCGUUUAGCACAAGAUUCACUUGUACGUGCAUUAACAAAACUUUAUGCUGAUGUUGAAACAACAGGUGCAGCAACAGAAUUCUAUGAUAAAUUUAAUAUUCGUUAUCAUAUAAGUAUUAUAUUUAAAUAUGCUUGGCAAAAAUCAUCAUUUCGACAUUCAUUUUUAACUACAGCUAGAGAUGAAAAAGAAUUUAUACGUUUUUUAAAUAUGGCAAUUAAUGAUCUUACUUAUUUACUUGAUGAAAGUCUACAAUUAUUAAAAAAAAUCCAUGACAUUGAAACAGAUAUUGAUAAUAAAGAAGAAUGGGAAGCAACUCCAAUGGAAACACGACUGAGUAAAACUCAACAAUUAAGUCAAUAUGAAUCGCAAUGUUGUACAUAUUUACCACUUGGCAUGGAAACAUUAAAUAUGUUGGAAUAUUUAAGUGCUAAUGAACCAGUACCAUUUUGUUCACCAGAAUUAGUCGAUCGUCUUGCAGCUGUACUUGAUUUUAAUUUAACUGAAUUAUGUGGUCCAAAUUCACGUCAACUUAAAGUUAAAGAACCGAGUAAAUGUUGUUUUGAUCCGAAACGAUUAUUAGAAAAAAUUGUUGAACUUUAUUGUAAUUUGGCACGUGAUGAACGUUUUGCUGAAGCAAUAACACGAGAUGAACGUUCAUAUAAACCAACAUUAUUUCGAACAGCUAUUGAACGUAUAGAACAUCGUUCUAUAACAACAUCAUCUCGCCUUGAAAUACUUUAUAAUCUAAGUCAACAUGCUCAACGUAUUGCAGAAGAAAAAUUAAAAGAAGAAAUGGAUUUAUCUGAUGCACCAGAUGAAUUUCGUGAUCCAUUAAUGUGUACAGUUAUGACCGAUCCAGUUAUUUUACCAAGUGGAGUUACUAUGGAUCGUUCAGUAAUUAUUAAACAUUUGCUCAAUUCAAGUACAGAUCCAUUUAAUCGUCUUCCAUUAACUGUUGAACAACUUGAACCUGCUGUUGAACUCAAAGAACAAAUUGAUAAUUGGAUACGCGAUAAAAAAAAUCGAACAGUUUAA